AUGGCGUCUCCUCCGGUUUCCUCGCUGCUGCAUCCGCAGGCGGCGGCGGCGAGCGCGGCGGCGUCCUUUGGGUCCUCGGUGUCUCUCCCGGGCGGCGCGCAGUGGCAGCCGAACGCGGACCACUUUGCGGAGAUCGUCGGCUUGUUCGAGAAGGCCGGUUCAACAGACAACGCAGUGCAGCAGCACGUGGCACAGGCGUUUCAGACGCUGAACGCAAUGCUAGACGCGCCCUGCUACCUGACAGAGAUUCUCUCCUCCACCCGUCUGCCCUCAGACGUGCGCCAGCUGGCUGGCCUGACGCUGAAGAGUAACCUGCAACAAAAGCAGCCGCAGUCGCUCCCGCCGUUCGUGUCGCUGUACAUCCGCCCGCGCCUUCUCGCGGCGAUCGAGGAGAACGACAAAAACGUGCGGUCUGCCGCCGGCUCCGCCAUCACCUGUCUCCUUUCGCUCGAGGGCAUCGGCGCCUGGCCGGAGGCGCUUGAGCGCCUCUUCCAGCUCCUCGACGACCCCCGCGAAGACGUCGUCGACGGCGCCUUCUCUGCGCUCUCAAAGAUAGUCGAAGACGCCUUCCCCGCGCUCCUCUACCUCGGCGCCUCGCGCGCAGAAGCCGGCACGCAGGGCGCCGCCGCCAAGGCCGACUUGCCCAACGAAACCGCCGCGGCCGCGCGCGGCGGAGACGCGCUGCCUAAUGGGCGCGGCGGGGGCACAGAGAAGGGCGCAGGCGCCGAGGACGGGAAGGAUGAGGAGCUGUUUGCGCAGUUCUGCGUCGCGCAUCUGCUCCCCAAGCUGUUCACUCUCGCUCUGCCCGCGCACAAACCGACCGUCAGGCGCCACGCCGUCGCCUGCCUCGGGCACUUUGCGCAGAACCGCGCGUUCGCGCCGCAGGAAAUCUUCGAGAGCUUCUUCCCGCGCUACUGGCAACUCCUCGGACAACUCGCGCAAGAAGCGGACUCCGAAAUGACGCGGUUCGUCGUCCAGGGCAUGGUUCAGGUCGUGGAGGUUCGCCCAGACGUGGUGUUCAACAUGACGAGCGGGGAGGCGGUGUUGUCGUUCAUGGUGCGGUGCUGCGGGCACGAGGACUACCGCGUGCGGCUGGAUGCUGUCGAGUUCUGGCCGGUUCUGCUGCGAGACUCGGGUUACCACCAGCCGCUGCACGACUACCGCGACCGCGCGCUGGAGCUGCUGCGGCAGCAGCUGCCCACGCUGCUGCCGCUGCUCGUGCGGAACACGACCUACCACGAGUACGACUACUUGUCGAUGGACGCCUCGCAGCUGGAGGACGACAACGCAGAAGUUGCCGACGAGGCGCGGGACAUCAAGCCGCGCUUCCACAGACAGAACAACGGGGCAGGCGCUGCGGAGUGCGACGACGCCGCCGAGGAGGAAGACGAGGAAGAAGACAGCCGCGGCACCUGGGGCGACGGCUGGUCGGUCCGAAAGGGCAGCGCACUCGCGCUGGAUCACAUCGCCUCGGUCUACCGCGAGGCCGUGCUUCCUGAGAUUCUCCCGCUGAUUGAGGCGAGCCUGAUUGAUCCCAACUGGGAACGCCGCGAGUCCGCCGUCCUCACCCUCGGCGCGCUCGCGCAGGGCUGCCAGGACAGCCUCGAGCCCUACCUGCCGAAUGUGCUCCAGUUCCUGCUCAACCUCUGCGACGACCCCAAGCCGCUGCUGCGCAGCAUCUCGUGCUGGUGCGUGAGUCGCUACGCGUCGUGGAUUUGCAGACACGAGGAGCAGUUCCUGAAGCCGGUCUUGGCGCAGAUCCUGAAGCACGUCUUGGACCGGAACAAGCGCGUGCAGGAAGCCGCGUGCUCCGCCUUCGCGACCCUUGAGGAAGAGGCCUCGCUGCAUCUCCUACCCUUCCUCCCCGACAUCCUCUCCACACUCAAACAGGCCUUCCGCUUCUACCAAACCAAAAACCUGCUCAUCCUCUACGACGCCGUCGGCACCCUCGCCGACUCAGUUGGAUCGGCCCUCGCCACCGAGGCCUACAGCCGAGAAAUCAUGGAACCUCUCUUUGGGCGCUUCCAAGCCAUCACCACCCUCCAGGACCCUGGCCUUAUCGGCCUCUUCGAAUGCGUCACCAACUGCGCAACUGCUCUCGGAGCAUAUUUUGUCCCGUAUGCGCAAGCGGUGACCGAACGUUGCGUCUGGAUCCUUAUGGAGUCCUUGACGCAAGUCGACCGCUUCGAGAAGGGCGAGCAGGCGGAGCGUCCCUCGCGGGAUUUGAUUGAGUCGUGCCUGGAUCUCCUGAGCGGCGUGACGGAGGCGCUGGGACCGAAGAUGUGCGACUUGCUCGCGCAACAGAAUUUGAAUUUCCUCCAACUCCUUCAGCGCUGCUGCCAGGAUCCCUCCGCGGGGAUGCUCCAGUCGUCCUUCGCGCUCGUCGGCGACCUCUCAAAGCACUGCGCCAAGUUUCUCCAGCCCCACCUCGCCGUCCUCAUGCCCAUACUGUCUGAGCAUCUGUUGCACCACGCGACGAGCGUGCAAAACAACGCCGGCUGGGCGAUCGGCGAGUUGGCUCUGCGCGCGGAGCCGCAGUUCAUCGAGCCGCACGUGGACAGCAUCGCCUCCAAGCUGAUCGGCAUCAUCAACUGCCCGGAGUUGCACCGCUCGCUGCUGCAAAACGUCUGCAUCUCUCUGGGACGACUGGCGCUCGUAUGCCCAGCAAAGCUUGCGCCGCAUCUCAGCGACUUCCUUCAGCAGUGGUGCAUCAUCAUGCGUCACGCGAAGAACGACGAGGAGAAGGCCAAUGGCUUUGAUGGUAUCUGCUCGUUGAUUGAGAUCAACCCAGAAGGCUGCAAGGACACGCUCUACGAGCUCGUUUUCUGCAUGCUCGCCUUUCAGCCUUGCCCCGAGAAACUAAACCAGAAAUUCACUCUUGUCGUUCAAGGGCUGAGCCAGAAGUAUCCGGAUCACUGGCAGGCGCUUUUCGACACGACGCAGACGCAGCGGCCUUUCCUGCCGCCGCCGAUGCAGCAGGCCGUUCAGCUUCGGUUCUUUCCGUCGCAGGGGCCCCAGGCGGCGCUCACGCUCUCCAGCGCCUCUUAA